UAACUUACCCCACAAAGUAUAUUUAUACUAUAAUAAUUCUCCCUGGCCAUUAAACCUGCAACCAAUGUAUAUAUAAAUCCAUUCUGUGCUCCCCCUGAUCUUAGACAAGGAAAAGGAAGAGAGAGAGAAGGGCCAAAGCCAUGGAGAAAGGAGGAGAAGCCAUGGAAGAAGCUCCACUGCUUUUCAGGUGCCCCAUCUCCAUGGAGAUCAUGAAGGACCCUGUAACAGUUUGCACAGGGGUCACCUAUGAGAAGAAGAACAUCGAGAAAUGGCUCCUUGGCUACAAGAAGAACACCUGCCCUGCUACAAUGCAGGCCCUUGAGACCCUUGAUCUCACCCCGAAUCUCACUCUGAAGCGCCUCAUUCAAUCAUGGCACUCCUCAAAGAGCCUCGGCCCUGAGAAUUCGCCUUCGAAAGCCACAAUUAGCCAAGAAGAAAUAGUCGGUCUUUUGAAAACCAUCAAUUCCUCGCCUUUCAAGGUCUCAGCACUCAAGAAGACCCGAUCGGUUGUCGAAUUCUCCCCCGAGAACCAAUCCCUUUUGAUAGAAGCAGGAGGUAUUGAAGUCUUGUCUAACAUCCUCCUCCAGGUGCUAUUGGAUAAUCCUGAUAAUUUUUUAUCUUUUCGUGCUUGUGAAGAGGCCUUAAGCAUCUUGAACUUAUUGCCAUUCACCGACCACAGAUCGAUAGCCAUUUUAACGAAACCCGAUAGUGUUCGAUCUUUAGCUGUUAUGAUCCAAAGCGGGGCUGCAGAGUCAAGGCUCCACGCCCUCUUGAUCUUGCGUAAAAUCGCCAAGAAUGGAUGUGAUCUGGGUGCAAUCUUUAGUGACCAUGAUUUGGAUAUACUCAAGGCCUUGUUAGAGAUUUUAUCAGAUGGGAUCGAUAACCACGCCAUGAAUGCUUCUCUAGAGGUUUUGAUGGAGCUUAUCGUAGUUUCAAGGAAGAAUCGGUUGAAGGCUAUCGAGGCCGGAGCUGUAUGCUUGAUCAUUGAGCUUCUUCCUGAUUCAAAUAGGCCUAGAUGUGAAAAAAUGCUAAUGGUUUUGAAGUUACUGUGUGAAAUCUCAGAAGGGAGAUCAGCCUUGGCUGAUCAUGCUAUGGGAAUUGCUGUUAUAUCGAAGAAGAUUGUAAGGGUUUCGGAUAUGGCAACGAAGUUGGGUGUAAAGAUUUUGUGGCUAAUUUGCAGUUUCUACCCUACCCAAAAAAUUCUUGAUGAUUUAUUGCACUUCGGGUCGGUUUCAAAGCUCUGCGGGCUUAUGCAGGCUUAUGGAAAUUCAUCAACAAAGGAGAAGGCUCUGAAGAUUUUGAAAUUGCAUGGGAAAUCAUGGAGGAAUUCAGCAUGUUUUCCUUCUCAGUUGCAGGAUUAUCUCAAAAUGAACCAUGAAAAUAUACCUCAUUGUUGAUAAUAUAGAGAAGAAAAGAAAUGAGGUUUGUUUCUCAAUGUAUUUUGUACUGUAUUAAUUAUCAUUUGUUGCAUGAAAUUUCAAUGUAUCAUUCUUUUCUCUCCUUUCUCCCUUAAAAUGUAUUCCUUUUCAUUUUU